UCUUUCUAUUUCUAUCUCUCUCCUUUCAUCCAAAAACCCUAGCGAGAAACCUUCACCAUGAGAGGAGCUCUGCUCAGAAAUCUCUCUCUCUACACUCGCACUCGCCAUUUCUCUAUCUACCAUAGACCUACAGCCAUCGUUUCCAAUGCCUGCACCACUCUUCAUCGUAAGCUUGUUGCCACCGACAAUGCGCAACAUUUCAACCAUUUCCCAUCCAGAAUGCGAUUUUUCUCUUCCGAAGAUGGCACCCAGGAUCCCGACGCGAAUCCAGAAUCCGAAUCUCCCGUCGCCCUACCCGAGGAGAAGAUCACUGCGGCGGUUGAAGUAGAAGACGUAGAUAAUAAAGAACUGAAAGCGCAGGUAGAGGAUUAUUUACAAAACGCUAAUGAGGAGGCAAUCCCGAAGGUCUUCGAGUCCAUUUUAAAGAGAAGGCUUUCAGAUAAGCAUGAAGAGACAGAUGAUGAAUUUCUGGACGAGCUCUGUCGAGAGCCAAUUGACAAUGUAGCUGAUGAAGAUUUUGAAUCAGAUUUGGAGGAUGCUCUCGAAACUGAUGAUGAAAUUGAUGAUCUAUGCAAUGCUAGGGAUUAUGUGAUGGAGAAAAGGUCGUCGGAUCCAUUUUUCAACAUGACUGACCAGAAAUGGAACGAGAUGAUUAAGGAGGCUACUGAGCGUGGUCAUCUUCAGGAUACGAAGGAAUGUGAAGACUUACUAGAGGAUAUGCUUAACUGGGACAAGCUUUUACCAGAUAAGAUAAAAAAGAAGGUGGAAGUCAAGUUUAAUGAGAUAGCUGAUAGGAUUGAAAAAGGGGAGAUUAAUGAUGAAGAAGGUUACGAGAUUUUCAAGGAGUUCGAAGACCGGAUUGUUUUGGAAUGUAUAAAAGAACAAGAACCCCCUCAGUUUGACAAGGACAGUGACAGAUCCAUGAACUGUGAAAUGAGGGUGCGUUUGACCUGGUUCGCAGGCAGUGGUGCAGCGCAGCAGGAGUGUGAGUUUCGGUACUCUCAGCAGUUUGUUCUCCCUCAUUUCAAUGUAAAUCCGCCACUGUACAAGGAUGACCCACAAGGUAGGGCUGCAAUUCUUAGAUGGCGAUCUCGGGUGGUCCUAUCUCCUGGUGGUGAUUCAUGGCACCCGAAAAAUAGAAAAGUAAAGUUGUCUGUAACUGUGAAGGAGCUUGGCUUAUCUAAGCAUCAAUUUGUGCGGCUGAGAGAAUUGGUUGGAAAUCGUUACAAUCCAGGGAAAGAUGAACUGAUGAUAACUAGUGAAAGAUUCGAACAUCGGGAAGAGAACAGAAAAGACUGCCUCAGAACUCUAUAUGCUUUGAUUGAGGAGGCUGGAAAAGCUAAAGAGAUGGUGCACGAAGCUCGAGUUUCAGACAUGAAGGAAAGACUCAAAGCCAACCCAGACUUCAUGCUGAGAUUGCUAAGCAAGAAAAAGGCAUCAGCCACAAAUCCAGAAAUUGCAUCAUAGGAACUAGGUUGUUACCAUAAAACCAGCUUUGAAACAUCAAAUGGAUGCACGUUCCUUCAAAAUUUUGUUUUGGAGCGUGGAAUGUUUUGUUUGGAAUUCACUCUAGCAAUUCUGGCAUUGCCAUUUUGAAUCUUGUAGUAUUUUUUUUGUUUGGAAACUGAGGCUGUAAUAAUAGUUCUCCUUUACCUUGGUGCA